ACACAUAUAGAAAAUCACAGGAGUAAACGCGCUCGCAACUUCGGUUUAUUGAGAUGGUAUCGCUCUAGCUCUCCCUCUCUCUCCCCCUUUUCUCUCCUCCGCCAGGCAACAUAUUAGCUUGACGAGGACCUCCUCCUCCUCCUGCACUGCCUUCCACAGACGUCUAGCUGCCCUGCCUGCAUUGACCAAUCCAUCCAUGGGAUACCCGGAGAUGUGGACUUUGGCUGUUGGGCUACUGAACAUAUUUUCUUUCUGUAGAAGAGCAUAAUACACUACCGAACUAGUUCUUUUGGGAUUUGUUUCACUUAUGGUUACUGAGUAUGGAAAGGACGCGUGGCUUAUUUUGGGGAGAAAUCGUUCUGCUACUCCUUUCUGCCUGUAAAGUUUCCACAGGUCUGUACUUCCCACUGAAUGUCUACACUGAGAACAUUUACAUCGGGCAGCCCGCCGGGACGCCCGUACUUCAGGUCCACUCCAUGCGGGACACGGACUCGGAGAGGCCCUACUUCUACCUGUGCUGGCAGAACCCCGCCCGGGCCCCGCACUACGCCACCUGGUUCCACAUGGACGAGUCCUCGGGCAUGAUCAGCAUGAACAAGACACUGGAGUGGAGCGACUUCGCUUUCUACCCCAUGGGAUCCUUCAAGAAGCUCAGCCUGAAGGCUUUUGUCGCCUACGAGCCAGUGCAGCGGGUCAGCUGCUACCUCCGGCCAACCGUGGAGAUCAGCCUCAUCCUCAUCAACACCACAGCGCCCCCUUGUGAUCAGAUCAAGCUGGAGACGCUCUGCUUCCCUGACAAGGAAGUGACUCCUCACAUCACCGAGAACCGUGUGCCAGGGCCUCUGUACCAGCUGAGGAGGCUGGCCAGGGCACACCUGUGCCCAAACUACACCAUCAGCUACGGAGUGGAUGCAGACGACCCUGUUCCGUUCGAAGUGGACGACGGCACGUCUGAGCUGCUGGUGACCCGACCGGUGGACCGGGAGGAGCGUGAGGUGUACCGCAUGCAGGUGGUGUGCAUGGUGGAGACCAACGAGACCAUCCACAAACUCUUCCUCCCGAUGCACGUCAACGUCUACGAUGAAAACGACAACGCGCCGUACAUCAACGGCACGGACACAGGGGACGUGGUGGUGGAGUUCAAUCGGAUGAAAGGAGCUGUUUUUGGCAACUUGUCUGUUUAUGACAGAGACACCACGCCCGUCUACCCCAAAGAUCAUAUUCAGAACAAGCUCACAGGCACCAUGCUCACAAACGACACCUGGAUCAAAAGCACCUUCUCCGUGGCGCACUCCCUCAGAGAGGAAAAGGCCAUAUUUGGAAAUGUGCGCGGCACCGUCCAUGAGUACAAGCUGACCCUUACCAGGGACCUGUCCGUCAUGGAGAACAGAUCCUUCCAGCUGGAUUAUCUGUUGACGGACAGGACAUUUACUGGUGGGAAUGGGAGCGUGAUACUGCACUUCAACGUGUCCAUCCUGCCCGUGCCCAUUCGCUUCACCAACAUCAGCUAUGUGUUCAACGUCUCAAGAAAAUCCACUGUUUACUCAAAGAUCGGCAAGGUGUGUGUGGACAACUGCCAGAAAUUUCAGGGCAUCGAUGUGGACUACCAGCUGGAGAUUGUGGACAGGAACGUGUCCGUGGAGCUGCAGUCGUGCUACGCAGCGGUGGGCAUUGUGGGUAGCCUGAGAUACGUGCUGGGGGAGCUCUUUGUGAACAACACCGAGGUGUUUCGCCGGCCAGAAUGCCAAGAGCUUCAGUUUGUUGUGAUUGCCCAAGAGCAGCAGCUGCAACUGCAGGCCAGAACCCAGCUGACUGUUAUCUUUGAAGAAGAAUCAGAUAAGCUGGAGUCUCCGGAGCAGCGCAUUCUGUCAUGUGCGGAAAAGAGGAAGCAAGGGGAAUGCGAGGCAUUCCGGGGACUGGGAACGCCGACCGGGAGAUGCCAGUGGAGACAAAGCACAGAGAAAGGCAUAUCCCAGAAUUACUCGACCUGUUCUCCUGACCUGCGGACGUGUCCCGAUGGGUUCUGUGAUGCAGUGGAGAGCAAAGACACGACCAUAUGCCCCCAGGACUGCACAAGAGAGAUCGUUGGUGGCCAUGAGAAAGGACUGAUGUUUGGAAUCAAGGCUGGCUAUGGAACCUGCUACUGCUAUUCCGAGAGGUGCUUCUGUGAAAAGGAUCCAAUAGAGGAGGCCAUGUGUGAUGACGUGUGCAAGACCAUCAUCGCCACGGCCGUGCUCCUGUCCUUCGUCCUGUCCAUCCUCCUCUCCUCCUACUUCAUCCACCGCUACCACAAGAGCACGCCCAAGCCGCCCAUCGCCUCCGCCGAGAUGACCUUCCGCCGGCCCGCCCAGUCCUACCCCAUCAGCUACUCCGCCAAUAACAUGCGGCGGGGCUCUCUGGACUCCAUGGAGAACCAGGUGGCCAUCGACACGUUCAAAAUACCGGAGGAUCCAAAAUGGGAGUUCCCUCGUAAGAAUUUGGUGCUGGGUAAGACUCUCGGGGAAGGAGAGUUUGGGAAGGUGGUGAAAGCAACAGCCUUCCGACUGAAAGGGAAAGCUGGAUACACGACUGUUGCUGUUAAAAUGUUGAAAGAAAAUGCCUCUCACAGUGAACUGCGUGACCUCUUGUCUGAGUUCACCCUGUUGAAGCAGGUCAACCAUCCACAUGUGAUAAAGAUGUACGGCGCUUGCAGCCAAGAUGGUCCUUUGUAUUUGAUCGUGGAGUAUGCCAAGUACGGGUCUCUGCGUAACUUCUUGCGCGAGAGCCGCAAGGUGGGCCCCAGCUACAUGGGCAACGAGGCCAACCGUAACUCCAGCUACCUGGAGAACCCAGACGAGAGGGCACUUACCAUGGGCGACCUGAUCUCCUUCGCUUGGCAGAUUUCGAGAGGCAUGCAGUACCUGGCUGAAAUGAAGUUGGUGCACAGGGACCUUGCCGCAAGGAAUGUUUUGGUCGCAGAGGGACGGAAGAUGAAGAUUUCAGACUUUGGUCUGUCACGAGACGUGUAUGAGGAAGACUCCUACGUUAAGAGAAGCAAGGGUCGCAUUCCCGUCAAAUGGAUGGCCAUAGAGUCAUUGUUUGAUCAUAUUUACACAACCCAAAGUGAUGUUUGGUCGUUUGGUGUGCUCCUGUGGGAGAUUAUGACUCUGGGAGGAAAUCCUUAUCCAGGCAUUGCACCAGAGCGUCUCUUCAACCUUCUGAAGACAGGCUACCGCAUGGAGAAACCAGAAAACUGCUCUGAAGAAAUGUACAAUCUGAUGCUCCGAUGCUGGAAACAGGAAUCAGACAAACGACCAACAUUCUCAGAGAUCAGCAAGGAGUUGGAGAAGAUGAUGGUGAAGAGCCGAGAUUACCUGGACCUAGCCGCGUCCACACCGGCCGACGCUCUCCUGUACGACGACGCCCUCUCCGAGGAGGACACACCACUAGUGGACUGUAAUAACGCCCCUCUCCCUCGAAACCUCCCCUCCACUUGGAUUGAAAACAAGCUCUAUGGCAUGUCAUACCCCACCUGGCCAGAGGGGAGCCCGGUACAGCUCAACAGACUUGAUGGCACUAACCCUGUCUUUUCAAGAUAUGCGAAUGAUAGUGUUUAUGCAAACUGGAUGGCUUUGCCUACGUCUGCAAAAAUUGUGGACAAGCUUGACAGUUAAAAAGCAAAAACAGCAUAUGGAAAAGACUCAAACAACUGAACAGAUAUGUAUAUUUAUAAAUAUAUAUAUAUAUAUAUAUAUUGGAAGAAAAUGAUGUGUACAUAUAUUCCCUGAUGCUAAAGGUGGCUCCCUUUUAUUUCUGUUGCACGAGCAAUUCAAUAUGGAGAUGGAGGUUACAGUGAGCAGCCUGAUGGCUGGAGGCUCGUAUACUGUGCCAUGCUUCAAGCAGCACCUUGGUAUGUCAUUUGUUACCUCAAGGUCCUGUCGGCCAUCUUGUAUUAUUGCAUGACUGUAUUCACGGUUCAGUGUCCAAGUUAAUGUCUUUCAAGUGCCUGUGCAGCCUCUAUUAUAUCCUCCAGUUUAAAUAAUAAAACUGUUUAGGACUACGAAGAUCUACAGUAGUUUCCAGCCCAGGAAUGAAAGGGAGUGUCUUUUCCAUCACUUCCUUUACGACAUUUUGUGUGUGGAUGAGAGAAGAAUUGACGCAGCAUUCAUCUGGGGAAGAUGCAAAAAAUAAAAACAAAUCAUCUACAGCAUAUGACAGGUUUAUAUUGAAGGGAAAUUCUUUAUUUUUCUUAUGUGUUGAUGUUUCUUUUAAAAUGUUCCAGAUGGGAUUUGCCAAAGAUACUUUUUUCUCAACUUGUGAAAAACUGUCAUUACAUGCUCUACUAAGGAUGUGUCUGAACCUGUAGAUAUUGGCGUGUCCAUUGUAUUAUCAUGCUAUGAUUUACUGUUGACUUCUCUGUGUCAUUAUUUGUGCACCAACAGACCAAUGAGUGUGAUUACCAGUUAUGUUGUUAUAACAUGAUUACG